ACCGGGCCUGCUGUGAAGCGUUGCGUUGUGCUCUCCAUGGCAACAGGGUAACAGCCGAGGGGAAGGUUGAAAACCCAGACAGAGAACUAAGAAAUGCCUGCUCCAAAUACGCACACAGCGGAGUCCAGAAAUGCUCGGGGCCUCAGGGGUCUCUGCGUCUCUGUCUGGGGCUGGUGAGGCAGGGCUUUCUGGAGGUGAGCAGGUGAAACCCGUGCUGCAGGUACACUGGACACUGCCCGCUACUUCGGUUCAGCAUGGGCCAGACCUAUGGACAGAUGACUGGGCAGCUACUUCGCGGCUCCCCUGGCCUAGCCUGGCCCCCUGCCCACCGCACACUUCUGCCUCCCAUUCGGCCUCCAAGAUCCCCCGAGCCUCGCAGGAGGAGCCUGCCUGUCAUGCGCGGACACGAAAGGCUCAGCUCCAGCAUGGUCCCUGGGUACACAGGUUCGGACGCAGCGGAGGACAGGGGAGUCAGGAGCUGCCCGAAGAGGCCAAGGGGGAAAAAGAUGUGGAGAAAGACCACGAGCCAAAGCCGGAGGCAGAGCCGGAGGCGGAAAAGGAGCCGGAGCUGGGGCAGGAGGCGGAACAAGUGAGAUGGAGAAGGCUGAGGCAGAGUCCAGCGGUGGGAGCGGGGAGCCCUUGCCUGUGUGUGGCCAUGCGUAGGCUGGCUGCGGGCACAGAGCCAGACCACCAGCCCCACUGCCCUGCGAGCUUGUGUUAUAAACCAGGGGCUGAAUCUGUUUCCCGUUUCUCCUCUCUCAUGUCUCCUCACAAGGCGUCCCCUUAUUCCAUGGAUGACAGUGACCCUCGCAAGUUCUUCAUGUCAGGCUUCACUGGCUACGUGCCCAGGGCCCGCUUCCUCUUCGGCUCCAGCUUUCCUGUGCUCAGCAACCAGGCGCUGCUGGAGUUUGGAGAGAUGAAGUCUCCGGGCAGGUCCCGGAAGGAUCCUAAGCAUCUCCCGGCACUGUCCCGGACCUACCCUCAGCACCUGGGCCUUUUACCUAAAUACGGGGGCUAUGUGCCAGGGUAUAAGUUCCAGUUCGGCCGCACGUAUGGGCAUCUCACCCAGGAUGCUCUGGCUCUCAGCACCCUCCAGAAGCAGCUCCUGGUGUAGGUACCAGGAAUUUACGUUCUCUCUUCCCUUGUCAUCCUACCCCAGCCAUCCUUUUGGAAAGAAGAAAGGCGGGUUGGCGGGUGGGAGGAAGCGCAUAGAGAGAAUGGUUUGGAGGCCGAGCACCUUUUUUAUUAAUAGGUGUAAUAAAUAAAUAAAUAAAUACAUAAACAGAA